AUGGAGAUGGCGACGCACGCGCCAAGCUCUCCUCGACUUCCGAGUCCUCCUCCUCCCGCAGAGAUCCAGAUCGGGCCUGUGCCACAGUCGCCCGGGAGCUCCCCAAACCAUCAAGUUCCGCAGAUGGAGCAGACGGCAAUUGAUGCGAACGCGAAGCGGCGCAUUCAUCCCGGCACCAGGGCCUCUGAGAUGGCUGCUGGACCGCCUCUAAUUCCGCUGAAUGAGCUCGACUCAGCCUUUCAGCUUCAAGAACACCUUGCCGCCCUGCACUACCACCAUACUGCCACCAACACGAACCCUGUCAGCCGGGAGACGGCCAAAAUCCUAGGGACACCCCCUCCAGGCAUAGAUCGAACCCUUUGGCUUUACGAGCUGUGCCGUUUCCUGAUAGAGCAGUGCAAUGCCCUGAUAGUGGGCUUUCUGUUCGACACUCCGCCGUGCAGCGCCGUGACCUGUCCCGAGAUGCGCGCGUCGGAGUGGCAGUUUCUCUGCGCCGUCCACGACCAGCCCAAAUCGUGCUGCGCUAUCGACUACUGCUGCCAUACCCUCGACUGGGCCGCCAACGUCGUUACCAAUCCGCAAAUCUUCCCAUCGCGCUUCGUCGCCCUCUCAGACGCCCACGACAAGGGUGCCGCCAUCAAGAACCUGGUCAACGUGUUUCGUCGUCUGCACCGCAUCUUUGCGCAUGCCUGGUUUCAGCAUCGUGGCGUCUUCUGGACGGUGGAGGGCCAGACCGGUCUGUACGUCUUCUUCAAGACGGUCUGUGACAUGCAUGAUCUGUUGCCUGGCGAAAACUACAAGCUUCCCCCUGAGGCCGAGGGCUUAGAAGCCCCGCCUCGCAGCAACCUGAACGUGCCCGGAGAUGGUCCCAAGAUACUUCAGAAUCCCGGCGAUCCCUCGACCCAGGGCGCAGCUGCUGCUCGCCCCGUGCCAGGCGUAACCGGCGAGGGAGAGGACGAUCACCAUAGCGCGGUCAACAGCAGGACAAGUACUAGAAGGCACAUCCGCAGUAGUCCAUCCACUGGCAGUGCCGUCACCACCGUCAUGGAGGCGGACGAGGAUGACGGUAGUGCUGGAGACGUGUCAAAGCGCUUCAGAAAGAUGCGCCUCAUGGACCCGCCGCUGGCAGAGGAUGAUAUGGAGACGGCUGAAGUGCCCGUGCUUGUGGAACAAGAUACUCCCGUGCACAGCACACCAAUGGGCAAUGGAAACACCGCGGCCAAGACAGGCGAUGAAGAGCCGCAGAGCUUGCCAGUCGCGACAGAAGGUGCCAGAAGCGCUCCUGGUGCGGCAGCUACGUCUGAAGAGGUCGAAUCGGCGAGUCACGAUGUCCCUAGGACCGUCGAGAGCUUCCUCGAGAGUCCCGACUCGGACCUGCCAUCACAGCCGCUCUCUGAAGAGUCAGGGCCCAAAGACGUGGCCGAUACUCAUCACAACGAAAACACUUCCACGGCGGCGGCGGCAGGACCCUCCGACCACGGAAGCUCCGAUGACGCAGAUGCUGCCGCCAUGCUUAAGGCCACGAGCAUUGCCGAUUUCGCGGGUGACGCAGGCGAAGACAAACCCACUGCCGGGGCCGAAGACAACGGGCCUGGUGAAGAGGCUGCCCCGUCAUUGCCUUUGGACGACAAGGAAGCCGAAGCACCUCAAGAAGAGACCGACAAAGAAAACCCAGCCAAGGCUAAUGAAGAAGCCAAAGCCGCAUCUGAACCUCAACAGCUCGACGCGAGCAAGGUUAAUUCUGAUUGA